AUUGUCUCUUCUCUCUUCUUCCUCCAACGCAACGAAUCCUCUUUCACUUCAAAUUUAGUUCGCAAGCUGAUUCCUCCAAGAACAGACAUCAAGAACGAGGAUUUCGGAAGGCAAAUCGAUACUUUAUGCGAUCGAAACCGAGAUGUGUUGAAGGUGUUUAUGUACGAUCUACCCUCUGAAUUUCACUUUGGGAUAUUGAAUUGGCACAAAACAGGAUCUGAGAUUUGGCCAAAUAUCAAGAACUUUAGUACAAUCCCAUCUUAUCCUGGUGGGUUAAAUCGGCAACACAGUGUAGAGUAUUGGCUAACACUUGAUCUUUUAGCUUCAGAGACACCUGACAUCAAGAGACCUUGUAGUAGUGCAGCAAUUAGAGUGAAGAACUCUAAUGAAGCUGACAUAGUUUUCGUGCCUUUCUUUGCUUCGUUGAGUUACAAUCGCAAAUCUAAGCUCCGUGGGAACGAAACCAUCAGUGGUGAUAGAUUGUUACAAGAAAGAUUAGUUAAGUUCUUGAAAAGUCAAGAUGAAUGGAAAAGAUUUGAUGGGAAAGAUCAUCUGAUAAUAGCUCAUCAUCCUAACAGUUUGCUCUAUGCAAGAAACUUUCUUGGAUCCGCAAUGUUUGUUCUUUCGGAUUUCGGAAGGUAUUCAUCCGCGGUUGCCAAUCUUGAGAAAGAUAUCAUUGCGCCUUACUUGCACGUCGUUAAGACUAUCUCUAACAAUGAGUCAGCUCCGUUUGAGAAGCGUCCUGUAUUGGCAUAUUUCCAAGGAGCAAUCUACAGAAAAGAUGGUGGAACUAUUCGUCAAGAACUGUAUAACCUUCUUAAAGAUGAGAAAGAUAUUCACUUUGCAUUUGGAACUGUUAGAGGGAAUGGGACUAAACAAACUGGUAAAGGAAUGGCUUCCUCGAAGUUUUGUCUCAAUAUCGCGGGUGACACUCCUUCCUCAAACCGUCUUUUCGAUGCCAUCGUGAGCCAUUGUGUUCCGGUUAUAAUCAGUGAUCAGAUUGAGCUUCCGUUUGAAGAUACUCUAGAUUAUUCGGGUUUCUCCGUGUUUGUGCAUGCUUCUGAAGCUGUAAAGAAAGGGUUUUUGGUGAAUCUUCUCAGAGGGAUAACAGAGGAUCAGUGGAAGAAGAAGUGGGGGAGAUUGAAAGAGGUUGCUGAGUGUUUCGAGUAUCGCUUUCCUUCGCAAGUUGGAGAUUCUGUGAAUAUGAUUUGGUCUGCGGUUUCGCAUAAGCUUUCUUCACUUCAGUUUGAUGUUCAUAGAAAGAAUCGGUACCGUAGAUCUGAAAUGUUUGAUAGAAACCGAUCGAGUUAAGAUCAUAUAUGUGAAAGAAAGAUACCACUUGAAGAAAAACCAUUCUCUUUAUGCUUCAUGUAUGUUCCGUUUUCUUCAGUUGAAGAACAUAGACCAGAAUUCAGACCCAAAACAGAGGAGUAAGUUUGCAGUUUUGUCUGUAAGCUUAAACUUAGAAGGAUUAAGAAGUACGAACAUAUAAAUGAUGGAGACCAUUGUAAAGUAAUCACAGAUUCAUAUAAACAUAAUUCAAAAGU